UGUUAUAAUAACAAGGAAUUAAUUAAUGAUCUGCAUAUUAAGUAAUACAUAAUACACCAAAUUUCUUUUUCUUAUAUAAUACAGCUGAUGCCUAUGUUGAUGGGCCUGUAAGAAAAGGCUAUUUUCAGCAGAGGCCCAAGUUGAUAUUUGGCGGGAAACACGAAGCGACCAUUCCUAAAAGGCGUGUCGAGUAAGCUUCUUUCCUUAUUUGACCACCACAACCGGCCCUUCGCACACGCGCGCGUAAACACACAAACACACACGCACGCACUCUUUAACACAGACAGUCGGACUUUUCCUCUUCCCGCCGCUAGAGCCGCCGCCGCCGCCGUCGCCGUCACCGUCACCGUAACCGCCUUGUAUAGGUUGGGUUAUAAUGACAGUAACGAGGUCCCGUGGGAGAAGCGUGGCUGCUAAAACCUCAAAGCCAUUAGAUUCAGAAAUUGUGGUCGUUGAACCGGCGACGCCAGCUAAGAACUUUGAAUUGUUGAAUCAAUCGUCGAACAGCGCUAAUUCUAGCCUUAGUUCAAGUUCCUCGGUCCAAAAGUGUGGGCAUCCUGAAUUAGGGUUAGAUUUCAUUGGUAAUAUGGUUUCCGAGAGUGGGACCGCGCCGAGACGAAGUGUGCGUUUGGCUAAGAAAGUGGCUGCAAGUGACUGCUUGGAAAAUGUCGAUUCUGUAAGUGGGAAAAGGAAGAAAGUUGUAGGGAGUUCUGUUAAUGGUGAAUUUGGUGUGAGGGGUUUAGAAACACGGGAUUUGGAUCUUGAAUUGGGGGUUGACAUGGUAACAGACAAAGAGGAAUUCGAGAAUGGCGAAAGUCUUGCCAAAGUGGAAUCAAGUGAUGAUAUGGAAACUCCUUUGUUGGAGGCUGUGAACAAUGGGAGACGUAAAAGGAAACUUUGCAGUACGGUGAAGUCGUUGGGUUAUGAGUCAGGUGAAAGAACGGAGGUCGAGAGUGUGUUCUUGAGCUUGCGUUCAGGGAAGAAAGUUGUGAAGAGAGAAAUGGAAAAUCGUAAUGGCUGUGCUGGUAAAUCCGUGGAAGGAACUGAUAAUAGCAAAGAAAGUGAUAUACCUCAGAGUGGCUGUGUUCCUGAGGAGAUUAAGUGCACAAAGUCGGUGGCAAGCAUUGAAAAAAAUGAAAAUGACAGUCCGAAAGGGAGGAGAUAUAGUGGAGCAGAGAAAGGUAAAGGUAAAGUUGGUUCUGUGAUUAAUGGUUCUGUUUGUGUGGAUUUAAAACUAGACGGGGUAGUAGGACUAUCGCCUGGUGGUGCACAUUGUGAUCCUGUCAAAUUACCAAAAAGUCCGGAUUCAGAAGAGGUAGUUGAAGACAAAGGUAGCAUCAGGAUAGACACUGGUGUGAAGACUAGAGGGAGACUGAGCAAAGAAGAGAAAGGGAAACUGAAAAUAGAAAUCAAGGCUGCUUCUUCUAGCGGCACUAAUACAUCAGAACUUAUUAUACAAAAUGUAAGUGACAGUAGUGUCUCAGCUACUCUCCACGCAGCAGCCAAUGAAUCAUUGCCAGGUGGAAGUCAGGUGAGAGAGGCUGAUGUGAAUGGGAACGAUGCUGGAAGAGUUCACAGGGAACGGUUUCGAAAUUUCGCGAGGCGAAAUGCAUCACGUUUUGCCCAUUUCUCUCCCCACGAGGAAUUUGGGAACAAUGCUCCUGUUGGUGGAAUACAAAUUCCAGUGCCCGAAGCAGAUAAUGGAUUAGAAGACUGGCCUGGUCCCUUUUCCACUGCCAUAAAAAUUAUUAAUGAUGGAAAGCGACGAGGUGCUUCUACUGACAAAAGUGGGGCUGUUGAACUAAAGUGGAUUCCUAAAAUGCAGGAGUUACGCAAGAGUCAGAAGCAUGUUCCGUCACUGCAAGAGUUGUGCCUGUCGAUUCUUGCCAAAAAUGCUGAUGCAAUUACUUCUCUUGACUUUGUGCCGGAUGUGCUGAGACACAAGAUCUGUUGGUUUCUUUGUGACAAUCGGAAAAUGGAUAGUCAUUUUCUUGAAUUGCUUGUACAUGGUUCUCCAACAGAGAUCCGUGUAAGGGAUUGUUCAUGGUUAUCUGAGGAGCUAUUCACCAAGACAUUUGAAGGUUGCAAUGCCAGCAAACUGACGGUGUUCCAAUUUGAUCAAGGUGGAGCCUGUUUGCCAGACUAUACUUUAUAUGCCACCCUGGCUCGUUCAACAAAUAGCCUUCCAGCUUUGACUACGGUAUCUUUGAAGGGUGCAUAUCGUCUUUCAGAUGCUGGACUAAAUACGCUUGUUUCAGCUGCACAUUCUCUCAAAUCUAUUGAUAUUAGUCAGUGCCCGAUGCUUACCUCUGAUGGAAUUUGUUCGCUGGCAAACUCACUGCAAUUGGUUUUAAGGGAACUAUACAUAGACAAUUGCCAUGGAAUAGAUGCUAUGAGUAUUCUACCAGCAUUGCUAAAGCUAGAGAACUUGGAAGUUUUAUCACUGGCUGGAAUUCAGACGGUUUGCGAUGAUUUUGUCAGUAAAUUCGUCUCUAUACAUGGUUGCAGAAUGAAGGAGCUUGUCUUAGCAGAUUGCAUUGAGUUGACUGAUUCAUCUAUUAAAGUCAUUGGUGAUACCUGCUCCAAAUUACGAGCAAUAGACCUGUCGAAUUUGUGCAAAUUGACGGACAUUUCCAUAGGUCACCUUGCAAAUGGUUGCCGAGCAAUUCAGAUGCUAAAAUUUUGUCGCAAUGCAUUUAGUGACGAAGCUAUUGCUGCAUACCUUGAUGUUCGUGGAGCAUUACUGAAUGAUCUGUCGCUCAAUAACGUUAUCCAGGUCUCAAAUCAUACUGCUCUUUCGCUUGCCAGAAAUUGCAGAAAUUUACGGAGUUUGGAUUUAUCUUGGUGUCGCAAUUUAACCAAUGAAGCACUGGGAUUGGUAGUCGAUUCAUGUUCAUCACUGGAAGUGCUCAAAUUGUUUGGCUGUACACAGGUCACGAAUGUAUUUCUUGAUGGACAUUCAAAUUCAGAGGUAAAACUUAUUGGAUUGAAGAUGACUCCAGUAUUUAAACACAUUGAUGUGCCGGACUUCCUUUUAGGGCCACUUCGGUACUCGUCCAUCUCAGUUUGACAUCCGCGCAAUCUUGGUGGUUUUGUUCUAAAUCGGUAAAACCCGAGCAUUACUUUUACGCAUGUCGUGUUUUUGUGAUGCUUUAUCUGUUCAAUGUUUUUGACUGAAAACAGAUGAGUUGUGUCACUAACUAUUUUUUGUCUGAUGACAGUGACCUUUUUUACUCUCGGUCAAUCAAUUAAUGAAAAAACUUUCCUG